UUCUUUUUCCCUUUCUCUGUAAUUAUGAAGUUUUCUCUCUCUUACUUAGCCGGCUAGAGAGAGGGAGAGACAGAGAUUGAGCUUGAAACUCAUGUAAAAAACAAGUCUCUGUUCAAACACUCGUUUACGCGUUGCCGAAAUAAAUACAGCAGAUUUUCCGAUAAACCCCAUAUCGAAAAGUCGCUAUAUUUAUUGACUUUUGAAACGAAGAAUCGCAGUUUCGAAGAAGAAGAAGAAGAAGAAGAAGAUGAAGUACAAGCCUAAGCAGCUAAGUCUCUCUGUUGUCUUCCUCUUUGUCUUCUAUCUCGCUGCGGUGACUUCAGAUCUAGAGUCUGACCGGCGAGCUUUAGUCGCUCUUCGCAACAGUGUUCGUGGCCGUCCUCUGUUAUGGAACAUGAGUGCUUCUUCUCCUUGUAAUUGGCACGGAGUCCACUGUGAUGCCGGUCGGGUCACGGCCCUCCGAUUACCCGGAGCUGGUUUAUUCGGCUCUUUACCCAUCGGUGGAAUUGGUAAUCUGACGGAGCUCCAAACCCUCUCUCUCCGAUUCAAUUCCCUCUCCGGUCCAAUCCCUCCGGAUUUCUCAAACCUUGUUCUUCUCCGUUACUUGUAUCUCCAAGGUAAUGCCUUUUCCGGUGAGAUUCCCUCGUUUCUCUUCACGCUCCCAAACGUCAUCAGAAUUAAUCUAGGGGAGAACAAGUUAUCGGGUCGGAUCCCGGAUAAUGUCAACUCCGCGGCCCGGUUGGUUACUCUGUAUUUAGAGAGGAAUCAGCUCUCUGGUCCAAUCCCUGAGAUCACGCUUCCUCUUCAGCAAUUCAAUGUUUCUUCCAAUCAAUUGGAUGGUCCGAUUCCGAAUUCGUUGUCCGCUUGGCCGCGAACUGCUUUCGAAGGGAACACUCUCUGUGGGAAGCCCUUAAACCUUUGUGGUGGCGCUGAAGGACCCAAUACGCCGCCGGGGAAAAAAAAAGAUAGCAACAAAUUAUCUGCCGGGGCUAUUGCCGGAAUCGUAAUCGGAUGUGUUCUUGUUUUGUUGCUGCUUCUCCUGAUUCUGUUAUGUCUCUGUAGAAAGAGGAAGAAGGAAGAGAAUCCUCCAGCGAGAAAUGUCGAAGCUCCUGUAGCUGCUCCGGCCUCCACCGCUGCUAUACCCAAGGAAACGGUGGCUGGUGUCCCGCCGUCGGAGAGUGGUGUGGUGAGUAAAGAUUUGACCUUUUUCGUGAAAUCUUUUGGAGAAUUCAAUUUGGAUGGAUUGCUGAAGGCUUCAGCUGAGGUCCUUGGGAAAGGAACAGUUGGGUCUUCGUAUAAGGCAAGCUUUGAUCAUGGAUUGGUAGUGGCUGUGAAACGUUUAAGAGACGUUGUGGUGCCUGAGAAAGAGUUUAGAGAGAGAUUGCAGGUUUUGGGAUCAAUGAGUCAUCCCAAUCUCGUGACUCUGAUUGCUUACUAUUUCAGCCGCGACGAAAAGCUUCUUGUCGUUGAGUUCCUGUCUAGAGGAAGCUUGUCUGCACUAUUGCACGGCAACAAAGGAAGCGGGAGGACUCCCUUGAACUGGGAAACCAGAGUCAGUGUAGCCUUAGGAGCUGCAAAAGCGAUUAGCUACAUACACUCGCGUGAUGCGACAACUUCUCAUGGGAACAUUAAGUCAUCGAACAUACUCUUGUCUGAAUCCUAUGAAGCUAAGGUCUCUGAUUACGGUCUAGCGCCUAUCAUUAGUUCUACAUCUGCACCUAACCGUAUUGAUGGCUACCGUGCCCCUGAAGUCACAGAUGCUCGCAAGAUCUCCCAAAAGGCUGAUGUAUAUAGCUUUGGCGUCCUAAUCCUUGAAUUACUCACAGGUAAGUCUCCAACACAUCAGCAAUUGAAUGAAGAAGGCGUCGAUUUGCCGAGAUGGGUCCAAUCUGUUACAGAGCAACAAUCACCGUCCGAUGUGCUUGAUCCAGAGCUCACAAGGUACCAACCUGAGGGCAAUGAGAACAUCAUCCGUUUGUUGAAGAUCGGUAUGAGCUGUACGGCUCAGUAUCCAGAUAGCCGUCCUUCGAUGGCCGAUGUAACUAGACUCAUUGAGGAGGUUUCUCAUUCAUCCGGCUCCCCAAAUCCGGUAUCAGACUGAUUUUUUGGUGAGGGGACUAAAUUGAUUGAUUUGAAAAUUGUUUGGGGUUAAACUGCAAAUUCUUGAAUAGUGUCUUGCCCCGUCCAGUCGUCUUUCUUCUUGUUUUAGUUUGUUCGUUAAUUCUUGAGCCUCAGUUUGAGAUGAGACCUUUUAAGUUUUUUUUUUUAUCUUUCUAUUUUUCUUAAAAUUCAAAAGUUCCAAAAAUGUCUAUAGAACUAUUGUUGCUUCUGCUAAUUUUUUGUAUAAAAUAAAUAUACAAUUGAUUUGAGUGUGGAUAAA